AUGUCCCCAUCGCCGACCGGGUCUACUUCGAGCAUAACCUCUCCCCUGUGCCUCUAUAACGAGGACAUCGAGCACUUACGCGGGCCGAUCAAGGCGCAGAUCGAGCGUGGUCUCGCGGAGCUAGGCGCGCCCCAGGCUCCAUUACCGCAGUGGGUGGACGACCAGGUCGAGGAGCUCAUUAACGCGCUGAGACUGGUGGACAAGAGCGCUGCGGACGCGUACAAGGUGCGACUGGGCGGCUGA